UUAAGGGGACGGCGUUCCUGUGAGCCUGAGUUUUAUGAGGCAGGAGGUAGAGAAUUCUAUUUCUUUUUGACUGCUGCAAGUACAGCCCUCGGCCACUUCAAGCCCAUCUUCCUCGGCUUCCCCCCUUUUGCAGAACCCGAACCAGAACCAGUUUCCAGAGACUCGCCAUGGCUGCAAAGAAAAACGCCAAAGUGCUCAAAGCUAAAGAUGGUGCUAAAGCCCAAUCAGCCAAUAAGAAUGGGAAGAAGUCCGAGUCUGGGUCCGGCGGCGGCAGCUUCUUCACCUGGUUCAUCGUGCUCGCCCUGCUGGGUGUCUGGACGUCUGUAGCGGUGGUGUACUUCGAUCUGGUCGACUAUCAGGGAGUCCUCGACAAGGCUAAAGGCUUACAAAUUAACCUGUCUGAGGCCUUGCAAGGUAAACUGGUGGCAUACGAUACAGAUGGCGAUGGUGAUUUUGACGUUGAAGAUGCUAAAGUUCUCCUAGGACUGAAAGAGAAAGCUGUCGUGGUCACUUCCCGAUCUCAAGAAGCCGCCGCCCCCGUGGAGAUUCCUGCACCUGAGCUGACACCGGAAGACAUCGCUGAGCCUGAACCAGAGCUUGUGGAAGAAGUGAUUGAAGCUGCUGCAGCAGAUGACACUGCUUCAUCUCCACCAGAGCCUGAACCUGAAGAGGUGAUUCCUGAGGCUGAACCAGAACCAGAACCUGAGGCUGAACCAGAGCCCGAGGAGACUCCUGAGGUGAUUGAGGAGGAUCCAGAGGUGCUGGAGGAAGAAGCUCCAGCUGUGGAGGAGGAGGAGGAGGAGGCAGCAAGCGAGGAAGCCACAGAGGAGGCUGCUCCAGUUGAAGAGGAGGCAGCAGCUGAAGCUCCAGAAGAGGUGGAGGAGGAGGAGGAAGCAGCAGCAGAGCAGGCUGUGGAGGAGGAGGAGGAAGCUGCUGAGGAGGCAGUGGAGGAGAUCCAGGAGGCCGUCGAGGAGGCUGUCGAGGAGGCCAUCGAGGAGGUCGCCGAGGAGUUGUUUGCAGAAGAGAGCGCUCCUGUCGAAGAAGCCAUCGAGGCUCCAGCUGAGGAAGAGGAGGCUGCUGCUGCUACAGAAGAAGCUGCUGAGGAAGAGGCUGCACCUGCUGAGGAAGAGGAGGCUGCACCUGCUGAGGAAGAGGCUGCACCUGCUGAGGAAGAGGAGGCUGCACAGGAAGAGGAGGCUGCUCCUGCAGAAGACGCUGUCGAGCCAGCUGAGGAAGAGGAGGCUGUUGAAGUGGUAGCAGAAGAAGAAGAGGCCGCUCCUGCAGAAGAGGAAGCAGCAGCAGAAGAAGAAGAGGCAGCAGCAGUGGAGGAAGCAGUGGAGGAAGCAGUAGAGGAAGCAGUAGAGGAAGCAGUAGAAGAGGUGGCAGCAACACUAGAGGAACCUGCAGCAGCCGAAGAAGUAGUAGAGGAGGAAGAGGAAGCAGCUACAGAGGAGCCCGCUGAGGAUUCAGACGUACAGGAGGAAGCAGCGGCUGAGGAGCCCGCCGAAGAGGAGGAAGCAGCAGCAGAAGACACACAAGAGGAAGAGGAGGCAGCAGAAGAAGUAGCAGCAGAGUUUGCCGAGACAAUGGAACAGAUUCUGGAUGAGCCCACAGAAACGUAGAGGCUGUUGCAGACGUCAUGGUGACGGAGCAGGGACCCACUGAUGUUGCAUCGUCUGCACCACCUGAGGACACUCAGAGCGAUGAUGCACCUCUCCAUCUCCUGAAAAAUGAUUGAGUCAUUCUGACUUCCCCUCUCUCUCUCUCUCUCUCUCUCUCUCUGUCCCUCUUCAUGUUUUCACACCUUUAAACUUUCUGUUGAUAUGAAUGAAUGAGAUGAUGAAUUGUCCAUAAGUCCUCCACCUUUACCCCCGGUUUCCUCCACCCUCCACCCUCUGACCUUUCUCGCUCCACACCUGGAGCGCUCGUUUGGUUCCAGACAGCUUGUACGACUGCCCCCUCCUCCCCUCGUCUUUGUCUUGCAGCCACCCCAGCAGGGUCUUGAGUUUGCAAGAGCUGAAACGUUGAACCAGUCUGGAACCUUGAAGUCUUUUAGUGACGUAGCUUUGCUUUCUCCAGCUUAAAGUACUGAAGCCCAAAGCUCACACCUGAGCUGCGUCUCUGGCGUUGCAGGUUCAGAGGCAGUCCUGCUCUGAACAGUGCAUCAGGUCUCCACUGAGGUAUCAAACAUUAUUUUAGAACAAAGAAGUUCCUCCACCUUCCCCCUUGAGUUCUGCUCGGUCUUGUUAAAGCUAUGCAAAGCUGUCUUGAUGUCCAUCAUCCCCCCCUCUCCCCUUUCUCCCCGACUCCACCCUUCAGUCUGCCAGUUUAUUACUUACCACUCGUAUGUGUCGACUCCUGAAUGAGCCACGUACUACCUUUUUUGAAUUUCACAGAUAAAGCUGGUGUGUGUGUGUGUUUACGUGUGUGUGUGUUUGAGAGUGUGUGUAACCUUCAAUGAGAGCGCUCCCUCUGGUGCGAACGUGUGACUCUGAAAUCUCUUUUUGCUGAAUAAUAACUCUGUGAGCCGUAGAUACCGUGUCCAGUUUAAAGAUAGUGUUGUUGUUUUUUUUGUUCUUUAAUCUGUACCUCAGUGUGUUUGUGUUCUGUAGAUUCCUAGCUGUUUCUUUACUUUCUUUUUUUUUAGUUUCAGAUACAAAUACUAAGACCAUCGAAAACUAGUCAGAACUUUGAACUGAAGUCUUUCACUGAAACUUCAGCUCUGUCUGUUUAAGCUGUGACAUACAUGAGGGAACCAUGAACAGAGGAAGCUGAUCAUUUCUGGUGUAAACGUUUCUUUUUUUCUCUGAUAAUCCAGCGACGCGUGGAUCCAGUCCUACAGAUUUAGGCGUUUUUAAAUUCCACACACUUCUGAUUCCUGUUUUCCUCUUCAGUGGUGAAACUCCACAGCUCCACUCCCUCUGAUAAAACGUCUACCUGUUGUUCUUGUCUCAAAGGGAAACUUAAGCUGACUCGUUCCCAUACGUUCUGCUUCAUCUCUUUAGCGUCUUGGUGUCUUUUUUUUCUGUUUUGUUUUUGUAAACAUUGAUCCGUGGUCGCAGCUCCUCCUCCUCCUGCAGGCUCAUAGAUCAGAUCAUCUUUCAUCUAUCACAGGACUGAACUGAAGGUCAGACGACACCCAUGUUGUGUGUUGUUUUGAAGAUGAUGUCCAAAAACGUGCAGGUUUCACUCUCCAAGAGUGUAUUUACAUGUGACACACACAGUUUUGGAACAACUGGUGCAACACGGUGGAUGUUGUUCUGAUACUAUAAAUAGAUCUGAUUUAAGAAAACACUACAGUUAGAAGAAGAAGAAGAAGUUCCUCAUACUGUAAAAUGAAAUCACUUGGACGAACAGGUCUAGUGUGUUUCUCUCGCCCCCCUGACAUACUGUCUCCACCAGAUAUCUUUAGGGAUGUGACACAUUCCAGUGUUGUGCGGUAGCUCUUUGUAAGAUGUCCUCUCUGUUUCCUACGUAAUGAUAGCUAGUCUUUUUCUACUUCUUCACACUUUUCAAUUCAAUGUGAACUGUAAAAGCUUUUUAAGAUCUAAGAUUUCAAUAAGAACCAAGACAAUAACCUAGAUUUUUUGAAAAGGAACAUUUUUAAAAAGGACUCGAGGAAAAAAAAACAAAAAAAAAAAACAACUCUUGCAUUCGAAGCUUUUCUGUGAAGCUUUCACGGUUUGUGCCGGGCAGGUUAAAGAGGCAGUGCUACUUCAGGAAACACUUAAUUCUCCAAGGAAUGAAAACGGAAGAGCAAUAACACUCAAAAAGCAGCCGAGCGGCCCCGGUGACAGAUGUUUGUGCUUCUUCUUCUUACCAACGUUCGAACAGAAGUCAUGCAUAUGUUCGGGAAGGGGUUGUAAUGAAAUGGACAGAUUUUUCUACCAAACACACCGAACUGGAUCUGUGCAGCACACGGGCCUGCACCGGUCUAUGGGGGGGAAGUAAUAUUGAUGGUGAAAAACUACCCAUGUCUUUGCCUAACAGUGCUGUCUACAGGUGGAAUGACAUCCUGUAGAUGCUUAUGAUGACUAAGUUAUUGUGAAGUAAUGAUGGAUUGUGUAAAGCAGUCAUGAAGUGUCACGAUUCUCUGUAAACAAUCUGUUGCUACCUGCAAUAAAAGGUUUGGGGAAAAAAA